AUGACAUCGAUUACGCAUGCUGCUCUCUCUGCCGCUCUCCUAGUGUGCUUCGCCGCGCUUCUCGCUCCCCCUGGGGCAUCUGUCUGCGCACAAAACGCUUUCCUCGUAGCGAAAGCCAAGGCUCUUCACGCCUCGGCGAAUCAAGCUGCGGUGGACCUGAAAGCGGCGCAAGAGGACGCCGCCAAACAGGCGGCUGAGGUCGCCGCCGCCACGCAAACUCUGUCCGAUCUGCAGGGCCCGGACCUAGCUCUCAACGACCGCAUUUCAAUAAUCUCCGAUAUGAAUAACAGCGUCGCCGAUGCGCAGUACGAUCUCGACAUCGCAAACAAUAUCCUCGUUCUCCGGAUCGCGGAUCUCGCGGCGUUUCAGGCAGAUCCGUCAACGCACCCGCAAAUCCCAGAGGCAAGGAAGGCGGUCAACGACGCGACGCGAAGCGCGCGCAUGACUUCAAUGCUGCUAGAGGAAUGGGGGCUCGUCGUGCAAGAGGCCGCGGACGCGGAACGUGACGCGGAAAGGGCCGUUAGGGCCAACCCGACUUCGCUGAUGGCGCAGGCUGCGCUCGUGGAAGCGCAAUAUUACCGCCAAUCUGUGGAGGAGGUGCUCCCGGAUAUUGUGUUCUCCGCCGCCCGAGCUCACACAUCAGGCCAACUCAACGUUAGUGCAGUUGCUAAUACCGCGGAUGUUACUGUCGCGGAAGCGAGUUCCCCCAGUGCCCCGCGGGAAGGGUUUGCGCUGUCGUUCCUGGGGCAAUGGCGGAAGGAAAACGCGGCGGAGAUCGGCUACCGCGUGGCGGAGCCCGCAUCGGCGCGCUUCAGAGGGGGAGCGGCGGGGGGAGCAGCGCAGGACGGGGGGAGUGACGUCAGCGAAGCGGCGGGGGUGGAGAUCAAGGAGCUAGACGCGUUCGCAGUGGUUCAGGUGGGGUCGCACCAGUUCAAGGUAACGCCAGGAGACGCCAUCUACGUGGAGAAGCUCAACUUCGCCCAUGUCAACGACGUGAUUCAUUUGGAGAAGGUACUUCUGAUUGGCUCGCCUUCCGAAUCUCUCAUCGGUCGGCCCACUCUCCCAGGCGCCUUUGUUUCAGCCCUGGUGGAGGAGCAUGCCCUUGAUGCCAAGGUGAUAGUGUUCAAGAAGAAGAGGAGAAAGAACUACCGCCGCACCAACGGUCACCGACAGUGGACACCCCGCGUUUCCCCCUGCCUUGUAGCGGGGCUGCCUAUAGAGGAGCUAGACGCGCACCUGAACUUCCGCCGCGGAUGGACCCUGGGCUUCGUGGACGACGUGGAGGACAAGACGCAGAUCUUACCGUUCCUACGAGCUAACAUGGAUCCCAGCUUGCACAGGAGGAAGCGGAGGGUGCUUGUAGACCUCGGAGCGAAUGAAUUUGAGACAAGUGUCACCUGGUUCCUUCGAAUGUACCCGCUCGAUUUCACCGAGAUUCAUGCAGUGGAAGUGCAAACCGACCUGUUCCAGAAGCCAUCUACACCGCCGCUUGAGGUACCGGCCUAUGAGAUCAACUCUCAAUCUCGCCUGCGUCCGUUCGGCAGGGGCCCUGCAGGCUUCCCUGCAUGGCUGAUGGACCGCGUCCACCCCUACAACUUCUUCAUCUCUUCUCAAGACAACCAAGAAGAGAACGCAACUAACCGGGACCAAUUGAAGGAGCUGCUGGGAUACCCAAACACAAUGAACGUGACGCGGUGGCUGCUAGACGAGCUGCAGCUGACAGAGGAGGACACAGUGAUGGUAAAGAUGGACAUAGAGGGGGCGGAGUGGGCUAGCAUGGUGAACGUGACGCGAUGGCUGUUGGACGAGCUGCAACUAACAGAAGACGACACGGUGAUAGUGAAGAUGGACAUAGAGGGGGCGGAGUGGGCUGUGCUGCACGAGUGGCUGGCCAUCCCUCACAUGCCCGCCAUCGUGGACGAGCUCUUUGUGGAGGUGCACUACCACCACCCCUCCAUGCACGCCUUCACGUGGACGCCAGACAAGUUCAACCGCACUCUAGAUGAGACAACACGGUUGUUGACUGACUUGAGAAGAGCCGGGUUUUACGUUCACCCUUGGCCUUAG